CAUGGCACUCUAGCCAGGGCAACUCAGUGAGACUAUGUCUCAACAACAACAAAAAGAUACUUGUUGAGCUCCUGCUAGGAGCCAGUAGAUGUAGCAGGGAGGCCCUCCGUCCCCUAGGUAGACAGUGGCCUGCCCUGGGGGCUCCCAGUCUGAGUGCUUACGUGGUGAGCACAAAAUGGUCAGCACUCCGCCUCGAAGACAUUGGCUGCCUGAGAGCUGAUGUGGAAGGAAGCUGAGGAAGGAGCAGUUUCUGGGCCCAGGUCCGGUCCAGCCCAGGGCUGGGUGUCAGGCGGGCCUUCCCUGUGUUCUCUUCUUACUGGGGUGGGUGACAGGGCAGAUAGUGACUCACUGAGCUCUCAUUGGGGGCCAACCGGAGCUCUCUCCACCUUUCCAUGGACCAGCUUCACUCGUCUUCAUAGCACCCUGGGAGGUGGGUGCCGUUAUGUUUCUCAUGACACAGAUUUGGAAAUAGGGCAGUGGGGAGAGUGGCUCCUGGGCCACAGCAGAAAGGUGUUUUAGCGGAAAGGUGUGUAGCAAAGGCUAGGCUGCUCCCGGUUUGUGGGAGCUGGCAGGGUGGCCCCAGAGUGAGACCUUUGGGAUGAAGAUGAGUGAGUGGGUGUCCUCGUGGUCGGUGUGUAGGUGGUGCAAGGGAGAGGGCUCUGGACAGCUGGGAGUCCCAGCUGGAGAGACCACUCUGGAACACAACCCAAGCAGCCCCAAACCUUCUACCAAGGACAAGACACCAGCCCUUGUCUCGUCUUUUGUUAAUGCAUCUGAACACCCUCAGGAAACACAUUUCAGCCCUGGAUAGCACUGCAGGGUGUAUCACUCUGCCACUCUGCUUACCUCCAGGAGCAAGUGGGGGAGGUGAUGCUUACCUCCCUACAUGGGGGAGGAGGGCUGGGGCUGCAGGGCCACCACCAUGAGGCUCAUCAUUAAAACCCAGAAGGUGGAGGAAGUCAGGCUCUUUGCCUUGGUGACCGCCAGCUGAGCCCUGCCUGGCUCUCUCCUGCUGCCAAAGGCCCAGGCUCCUCCAGCUGUGAGUCUGCCUGCUGGGAGAGCAGGAGGGGGCAAUGCGGUGUGCCCUUCUCUUGGAGCAAGGAGCCUGCCCAACACACCCCACAGAUUCCUCUCUUCUUCCUGGGCAGAACUGCAUCCUGUGACCCUGCCUGAUUCGCCGAUCUUAGAAGGCAAAAUGUGGCCAGUGUCAUUGGCCUUGACCAUGAAAACUGGCUCCCUGGGGAAUUCACCCAGUCUGACCUGAAACAGCUGCGGAGAGGUAGAGAAGCAGCAUCAGGUGUUUUUGGUGAGGAAGUGGCAGGCAUGCUGGCAGGAAACCCUGUGCCUCCACUGACCCUGCUGAGCAGAAAGGGGGCAGUGCAGGACAGGAGUCACUUUGGAAGAUGGUUGGAGGCUGUUCACUCCGGCAGGGUCCUCCAAGGGAGCCUUGGUGUGUGUGCAGAACGGGGCUCUUUGCUUGGGUGUUGGGAAGGUCACAGAGUCUGGGGCCCUUUGGGAUUACCCAGGGGUCAGCUGGAUGCUGUGUUUUUCUGGAGUUAGGUGCCUGCAUGCUCAUUCGCCUGAAUUCUGGGGGCUGGGUCCAGGCUGGGUGGUGGAUGGUUUUAGCUAUGUCUUGACUGUUGACUGUUAUAAACAGUGGUGUGUGAGGCUCCUGGUUAAAUACUGUGAGAUUCCAAGCAGAACUGUGGAGUCUCCUGGUAUGUGGUAGAAUUCCAGUAGCUCCACCCCAUUCUUCUCCAGGGCCCCAUGUCAGACUUCAGUUUGAUUAGGACACGGGGGUGUCUGUUUUUUGACCUCCUCUCCAGCGCAUGUCAAAACAUUUAAUAUUUGCCAAUCUGAUGGGUUAAAAUGGUAAAUCAUUGGGGUUUUCCCUAAUUUCUAGUGAGACUGGACAUCUGUUCCACUUAUCUACUGCUGUGUAAAAGUCAUCCCAGCCAUCCGGGUGACCUGCACGGGCUCCUGCGGGGUGUCCAACAAGGCCAAUGAUGCUGCCUGGGUGGUGGAGGAGGGCUACUUCAGCAGCUCCCUGUCGCUGGCCGACAAGGGGAGCCUGCCCACCGGAGAGCACAGCUUCCCCUUCCAGUUCCUGCUUCCUGGAUCACAAGUGCAGCCGUGUGUUCUAUAUCUUGAGCCCCCUGAAUCUGAACAGCAUCCCAGACAUCGAGGGAUCCAGCCUGCCCCCAGCUGCUAAGUCCCUCCCUGGUCCUCCCCCCCCCAAGCAACCCAAUGUGGCCUCUGCCACAAAGAAGUUCUCCUACAAGCUGGUGAAGACAGGCAGCGUGGUCCUCACAGCCAGCACCGACCUCCGCGGCUACGUGGUGGGGCAGGUGCUGCGGCUGCGGGCUGACAUCGAGAACCAGUCGGGCAAAGAUACCGGCCCCGUGGUGGCCAGUCUGCUGCAGAAAGUGUCCUACAAGGCCAAACGCUGGAUCUAUGACGUGCGGACCAUCGCGGAGGUGGAGGGUGCAGGUGUCAAGGCCUGGAGGCGGGCACAGUGGUGGGAGCAGAUCCUGGUGCCUGCCUUGCCCCAGUCAGCCCUGCCGGGCUGCAGCCUCAUCCACAUCGACUACUUCCUGCAGGUCUCCCUGAAGGCGCCCGAAGCCACUGUGACCCUCCCGCUCUUCAUUGGCAAUAUUGCUGUGAACCAUGCCCCACUGAGCCCCCUGCCAGGCCCGGGGCCGCCUCCUGGGGCCCUGUCCCCAGCCGUGCCUUCUGCACCGCCCCAGGAGGAGGCUGAGGCUGUGGCUGCUGGCCCCCACUUCUUGGACCUGGACUCCCUCUCCACCAAGAGCCACUCGCAGCAGCAGCAGCAGCAGCAGCAGCAGCUUCCGCCUGCCGCCCUGGUUUCCAUGCCUGGCGCCUCUGAGCCCCGUCCUCAGGAUGGCAGCCCCGCCCCCCACCCACUGCCCCCUCCCCUGUGCAUCUCCACAGGUGCCACUGUCCCCUACUUUGCAGAGGGCUCCGGGGAACCAGUGCCUACCACCAGCACCUUGGUCCUUCCCCCAGAGUACAGCACGUGGGGCUACCCUGAUGACCCUGUUCUCUCCCUGCAGAGGCCCCACCAUCCUACGAGCAGAGCUGUAGCGGUGCUGACCCUGGCCUGACGCCUGGGAGCUGACCCCUGGCCUGAUCCCCCAGGAGCUGACCCUCAGGAGCUGACCCCCAGGAUCUGACCCUCAGGAGCUGACCCCUGGGCGCUGACUCCCAUGCUGCCUUCUCUGGGCGGGCCUGUCCUCUGCUGUGGGACUGGGGCGCCCAGGGCCUCGUGCCUUCACUCCCAGCCUGCCCUGGAGCACUCAGGACCUGCCCAGCCUCUGCCUGCGCCCUGGAGUUGGCCCUCCUUUCCCUGGGCUGGGCGGGGCGGGGGCGGCAGGGAGCUGGACCUGGAGAGACUACUCAGUAAAUAAAGGCUUUGUAGAGCUGGGCAGAGGCCAGCCUCCUGGGCACCCUCCAGCCUCAGUGGCCUGGCCUCACACCGCCCCUCCCCUCCUGGGCACACCAGCUGCUCUGGUGGCCGGGGCCGGAGUGUGUGGUCCUUUACCCAGGCUGGGGCUGGCACUCAGCUGCCCCAGAGUGCGAAAGGAUGUGCCUGCGAAGUCCAGAGCCUGGCGUGGUCUUGGCACUGAUCAGAGCUGCAUCUGUGAGGGGCCGCUUCUGCACCCAUCAGUAUUUGCCUUUGGCCUGCCGGUCUGUCCCUCAGGCCCCUGCUGACCCCACGCCUGUGCUUGGCUCCCCCUGCCCAAGCCUCUCCUGCCACAUCUGACAUCUGAGGGCCUACUCUCUAGGCCCCAAGGGCAAAGUGAACCCUCGGGUUGCACAGGGCAUGUUGCUGAAGGGGCGUCCCGCAGACUCAGGUCAAAUUCCUGCUCCGCCAUGGGGUGAAGGGGUGACCGUGAGUAGGUGUGUAGUUACCUUAUCUAUCUGACAAGCUCAUGGGACUAUUAGGGGACAUGUUGAGUGUUUCCCUUCCCCCUAUGUAGCAUGAUAGAAGUCUAUUUCUUGAACAGUCCAGAGGUGGCAGAUCUAGGCCUGGUGGUACAGCUGUCAUUCUCAAGCAGUGGCUUUCACCCCUGGGUCCUGGGUGGCUGCUCCACUUUUCACCAUCGCCCAGCCUAUCGGGCCUGCACCUCCAACUUUUUGAGGCACAGACUGGAAAGUGGAUCAUAUCACUUUUUGCCCUCCCUCCUCUCCGCCUUGUUGGAAAUGUGGUCUUUAGCCAGCGGCCAUGUACCUGGCUGAAAUUUUACUAAUUGUGGGACAAGGGGAGCAUAAAUAUUGGAGAAAAGCAGGAAGUAUGCCACCAGUGGGAUGAUCUGUGAGCCGCCUGCUGGUUGAAAGGAAAGCCUGCCUGGGUUCGAAUCCCAUCUCCAUCUCUCGGCAGCUGAGAGACCAUGAAUGCUCUCAGCUCCCUUGGUUUGGUUCUCUUACAACACGUGGGUAAGAGCAGCACUCGGCUCUCGGGACACAUGUGAAGUUUACAGUGUUAACACGUGUGCUGAGAGUAGCACCUGACAUGAUGAGUGGUCAGUGGUCAUUCGGGUAGGGUGGGUCCAGCUGACUGCAAAAUGGGAGUGAAACAGGUGCCUGCAGCCUCUUUCUGAUACGUUCAUUUAUGGUUGACGUUUGCCUGGUAAAGGACUUUUCUUCA